CAGGGGAGUGGGGUUUGAUUGCUUUUGUUUGUGUGAGGCAAUUACAGAGUGAGAAUCGAUGGGGGAGAAAGGGUGUGUGAGCUUAGAAGGAAAGAAGGUGAUAUUGGUCCCUUACAUGGAGGCCCACGUGCCCAAAUAUCACGAAUGGAUGAAGGACCCUUCUCUCCUUCAAGCCACUGGCUCAGAGCCUCUCACCCUCCAACAGGAGUACACCAUGCAACUCUCCUGGUCCCAAGACCCUAACAAAGAGACCUUUAUUGUAUUGGACAAGGACUUGGUUGUUGGCGAUUUCUCUCACGGGGAACCCCACCCUGAAGCCAUGGUUGGAGAUGUAAAUAUUUUCAUGAAUGAUUUGGAUGAUCCUCACGUGGCAGAGAUUGAAAUAAUGAUAGCUGAACCAAAGAGCCGUAGGAAAGGACUUGCGAAGGAGUCUGUUCUGAUGAUGAUGACCUUUGCAAUUGAGAAGUUAGGAAUUAAUAUCUUUCGGGUUAAAAUUGGGGAAUCAAAUGGAGCAUCCCUCGACCUGUUCCAAAAAUUGGGGUUUGUGCAAACUUCAUAUAGCAGCAUCUUCAAGGAGGCCAUGAGCCUUCAGUCUCAACAGACUCAAUCCCAUCAUGUUGGACUAGCCUAUCAAUGCUCCCUGGUGCAGAAACUGCCUUGUCCUCAAGGCUAAAAUGAGGUUGGUCAUUUGUGGUUAUGACUCUGGAAUUAAGAAUUCCUUCUGGUUCAAAGGCUGGUCAGGUCACUUCAAUCUGGUAAGGUUGGAUGAACACUAUGCUGUCCCAUAGCUCUCUUUAAUAGAAGCACAUGGAAAAUAGGAUGAAUUCUCACCCCUGACGUUUGUAACUUGUAAUGAUACUGCACCCACCUUGUACAACAAAUGAUCUAAAUUCAUAAUCAAUGUUUGUAUGUUUUUGUAUGAUCACUUUCUUCCUAUGAUAAUGGGUAUGGUAAAAAGUAUUAAGAGACAUUUCACAAUCUAAUACUUUGAAAAAAGAAUCCGGAAACAAGAUGAAUUAUAUCUUUUAAGAUAUAUACACCUUCGCAAAAUAUGUUUCUAUGUUCUACGUUUUUAUUUAAUUGAAAUUACAUUGCAAAAAAUACUAAGCAUGAUUUUUUAAUAUUUUGCGUGAUAUUUUAAGUCACUUUUUCUGAAUGCUUUAAAAAAUGAAUAUUUUUUAUGAUACUGAUGCCCUUAAAGUGUUUAUCCCUAUAGAGAUGUCAGCUCAAGUGAGAAAUAUCUGAUGCAUUGUACAACUGUUAGGCAGGUGUUGGUGUUGGAAUAUAUAGCCAACAUUGUUCAACCAAGAGUGUCUAUGCUUCAUAGAUUAUAACCAUUAUUUAGAACGCCAUAUUAAUGAAAACCUUUAGCUCAUGUAUAUUCUAUAAGCUGUUUAUUAGAAAGUUCUUUAUUUUAUGUUCAUUUAAAGGAAAUGAAAAGAUUUCACUUUUAUGUUACUGAUCAUGUUAUUGAGCCAGUAACAGCUCAGGAGCUGCCUUCUUUCUCUUCUCUAGACUGUUUAAUAAUGCUUAGUUCUUAAUU